UUGAGCCGCCCCCUUCAAAUCAGUCCAAUGAGCAACUAGCUGCUACUAGUAGUGCCUCACUGCCACUCACUAUGCGCCAGCAGUUCUUCCAUCGACAGUAGCAGCCACCACCAACACCACGCUUCUACAAAGUCUCUCGCUCGCCUCGCUGCAUCUCUCUCAGUCACCCGCUCAUACCUCUUGCCAUCUUUCUUUAGUAUCUCUCUCAGUCUUGGUGCCUGCAUCAGGCUCACCCCGCUCACUACUCCAAACCCCCAGAGAAUUCAGAACGGGAAUAUGAAGAUUUUCAGCUGGGUGGCGAACAAGAUCGGCGGGAAGCAAGAAGCGAGCCGGUUCCCGGCCAGUUCAUCCGGGCCUUCUCGUGCUAAUGUGUCGGAUUGUCGAAACGACGAGUUCAGCGAUUGGCCCGAGUCAUUGCUUGCUAUUGGGACAUUUGGAAAUAAGAAGAUAGAAGAAGUAGCACAAGAGCAGAACUCUUCCGAGGAUGGGCAGUCCAUGGAAGAAGCCACCAAGUUUACAGAGGAGGAAGUAGACAAGAUACAGAAAGAAUUUGCAAUGAUACUAGCAAGCAAAGACCAAACAGAAACUUAUGAUUCCCAAGAUGAGAACGUCAAAGAAAAGCAGAUGGACCGGUUGAUGAACAAGAAAAUAAUCAGAAGCAAAUCAAAUGAGUCACUGACGAAGAAAGGAAAAACACUUAAGCCAAGAUCAGUUGCUGCACUCCUCAAACUACUCGUGUGUAAGGGUGGCUUUGCAACUGCGGUUCCAGACCCAAAGAACUCUUUCCCCCAAUCAAGAAUGGAGAAGCUUCUCAAGGCAAUACUGCAGACGAAAAUACACCCACAAAAUCCAGCACCACUCGUGCCUAGGAAGCACCUGGAUUGGAAGCCAGAUCAGAAUGAAAUCGACGAGCUCCUCGAGGAUGCACUCAGUGAUGUAGAUGAUGAUGAUGAUGGCGCAAAAUGGGUCAAAACUGAUUCAGACUUUAUUGUGCUUGAAAUGUAAAGAUGGGUGAAUACAAUUGUUCUUUGAGGCCAGGUUCCAAAGGUCUUGGCAAGCUAGGAGUCCACGGUGUUAUGAUAUAUAUAGAAGUGUGGGAUAAAGUCAGCAAUGAAGCUACAGUUUACGAUGAAAUGCCCC